AUGUCUGAAACGGCGGCAAGAUUACAAUCCCACAACCAGGAAAUGGUCAAGUGCCUCAAUCUGCUUCGCAGUCAGCAAACGGCACUGGAGGAAAGGAUAGCAAUGCAGGAAAAGAAAAAGGACACGCUCAGCAAGGAGAUGGAGAGGCUGCAGCGCAUGUUGGAUCAGCUGGAAACUUCCAUCUCUGAGGAUACGAAAAAACUGAACGACUGUUCGAAACGGCUCGCCGAAACGGAGCACGGUUACACGAAGGUGGUUGACACACUGCAGCUCCUACUACUGUCCGCCAAGGAGAAAGUAGGCACCACCAGCAGCACGCACGAUGAUACCAACAAGCACACGAGUUGA